AUGGCCAAUAAUUACGUGCAACAGCUGAUAAAUAACAACGGUUUAGGAGGACAAAAUCCACCUAGCAAUGGGUUAACAGUCGAAGAGAUAAGGAGAAUCUGUGAAGAAACUAUAGGGCCGGCUCCUAGAAGAACGACUAGGCCGAAAUACACCAAACCAUAUCCGGAAAGGGUUGAAAACAGAGACUAUCUGAGGGGAUUCAAAUUUCCCGACUUUCCUUUAUUCAGUGGAGAUGAUUACCAAUCAACUAUAGCACAUAUUUCCCGGUUCACUGCGCGAUGUGCUGAGCAUUCUGGAGAUGACGAUUUGAAGUUGAAGUGGUUUGAGAACUCACUGACCGGCCCUGCUCAUGCUUGGUAUGUCAACUUGGCUCCUAAUUCUAUUCAAAACUGGGCUGACAUGGAAAGAGCUUUCCAUGAGCAAUUCUACAGAGCCGAACCAGAAGUCACCAACGCUGAUUUAGCAAAAAUGUAUCAAGCAGCACAUGAGUCGGCCCAAGAUUUCUUGGAUAGAUUUAAGGCUGCAAGAAACAAGUGCAGAGUUAAUUUGGGGGAGCUAGAAUUUGUCCGGAUAGCUCAACAAGGUCUAAAUUACGAGUUGCGCAAGAAAUAUGAGGGAGUUGAUAUUAGAGACAUCUUUGAAUUAACCACUAGCGUGGAUAGAUAUGAGGCAAUCAUUAGAGAAGAGAAUCAAGCCAGAUCAGCUUCAAAGGGAACUUAUUAUAAGAACCCUACUGUUCAUGCUGUGGAGGCCAAUUUCCAAGGUUUGAAGGUCGAGGAAGAAGAUUCAGCCGAGAUCAAUGCUGCCGAACUAUUUGUAAACAAGCCAGUGGUUUGUAAAGCCCUUGCAAAGCCAACAAACCCAAUCAAGGAUAAACCUCAGCCGAUAACCUACCAUACCAAAGAUGGCACACCUUUAAGAUUGACACCUACCCGCACUUACACUUUUGAUAUCACAAAGGCUGACAUAAUUUUUGAUCAACUUCUUGCUGAGAAAGAUCUCAUCGAAAAAGGAAAGCUGAAGUUUCCAAAGACGAGCAAACCAGCUUAG